CUGCUUCAAUUAUUCGUAACUUUUAAUGCUUACCCUUACUACCAUUCCCCUCCCAUAAAAAUCAAAAUUUUCAUUCUUUUGUUCUUUAUUGUUUUUAAACAUAAACCUACGAAAUCUAGAGGCUGGAACAAAAUCCAUUAAUUACCGGGAAAUUUUCAGAGGAUUUGCACUAAAUUAGGGGUUACUUGUUACAUUUCAAAAUUAGGUGACUAAUUGUGGUCAAUUAUGAAAAUUCGAGGGGUUAAUGAGAAUAAUCCUACACGUCUGUCUCUAUCGUCGUCUUUGAGGGUUUUGUUUGAACAAAGAGACUAGAGAGUGUUGGAGCCGUUAAAUGGCGAAAACUGAUAAGCUAGCUCAAUUCCUUGAUUCUGGUAUCUACGAAUCCGACGAAUUCAAUUGGUUCUUCUUAGACACAGUUCGUAUCACCAACCGUUCAUAUACCCGAUUUAAGGUUUCACCUUCUGCUUACUACUCUCGUUUCUUCAAUUCGAAGCAACUCAAUCAACACUCUAGCGAGUCUAAUCCGAAAAAGCGAAAACGGAAGCAGAAAAACUCUAGCUUUCACCUUCCUAGUGUAGGAGAGCAAGCUUCGAAUCUUCGUCAUCAGGAAGCGAGGCUGUUCUUAUCGAAAGCCCAUGAAUCUUUUCUAAAGGAAAUUGAGUUGUUGAGUUUAACGAAAGGUCUAAGUGAUGAUAAUGAUGAUGAUGAUUCUAGUUUGUUGAACAAGUGUUGUGACGAUGAAGUCUCUUUUAUUGAGCUUGGAGGAGUGUGGCAAGCUCCUUUCUAUGAGAUAACACUGAGUUUUAAUCUACAUUGCGACAAUGAAGGUGAGAGUUGUAAUGAACAGAGAGUGUUUCAAGUGUUCAAUAACCUAGUAGUGAAUGAGAUUGGAGAAGAAGUUGAAGCUGAGUUUUCCAACCGGAGAUAUAUAAUGCCCAGAAACAGUUGCUUCUACAUGUCUGAUUUACAUCACAUCCGAAACCUCGUUCCUGCUAAAUCUGAAGAAGGCUACAAUCUUAUAGUUAUUGAUCCGCCUUGGGAAAAUGCAAGUGCUCAUCAGAAAUCAAAGUAUCCUACUUUACCGAACCAAUACUUCUUAUCUCUUCCGAUCAAGCAGCUUGCUCAUGCUGAAGGAGCUCUCGUGGCUUUGUGGGUGACAAAUAGAGAGAAAUUACUAAGUUUUGUUGAGAAAGAGCUAUUCCCUGCGUGGGGAAUUAAGUAUGUAGCUACAAUGUAUUGGUUAAAGGUGAAACCGGAUGGUACACUGAUUUGCGACCUGGACCUGGUCCAUCAUAAACCUUAUGAGUACCUUCUACUAGGCUACCAUUUUACCGAACUUGCAGGAUCAGAAAAGAGGUCAGAUUUUAAACUCUUGGACAAGAACCAGAUAAUCAUGAGCAUCCCUGGUGAUUUUUCGAGGAAACCCCCAAUUGGAGAUAUACUACUGAAACACACUCCCGGGUCUCAACCUGCUCGGUGCCUUGAGCUAUUUGCGAGGGAAAUGGCUGCCGGAUGGACCUCUUGGGGAAACGAACCGCUUCACUUUCAGGACUCGAGAUACUUUUUGAAAGUUUAGUGGGCGCAUUCCCUAGGGUGUAACCAAGAAAAAGGCUGGCUUGGGCCCUCAUGAUCGUUUUUCUCUAUGACUCAUUCUCAAGCUGGGGACAGUUAGGAGAGAACCCUUGGAAAGAAGUGGAAGGUUCGGUUCAUCGCAAACGACAUCGUUUGAAGAAGACAACACUAGAGUAAGCCUGAAAAAAGUAUAGUGUUACUAAAGAUUAUUUUGUCUCAGAACUGUACCAUCAAUUUAGUAAGCUUUUUCCUUUUCCUUUCAUAAACAGAUGAUGUUUCAGAUAAAAUUUAAAUAUAUUAUCAGUACAGUAAGAUUACAUAC